AUGGAAGCCAGCGCUGGACUGGUCGCUGGUUCUCACAAUCGCAACGAGCUAGUUGUCAUUCAUGGCCAUGAAGAGCACAAGCCUUUGAAGAACUUGGAUGGGCAGGUGUGUGAGAUAUGUGGCGAUGAUGUGGGACUCACGGUGGACGGAGACUUGUUUGUGGCCUGCAAUGAGUGUGGUUUUCCAGCAUGCCGGCCAUGCUAUGAAUACGAAAGAAGAGAAGGGAGACAAGUUUGUCCACAGUGCAAGACCAGAUACAAGCGUCUCAAAGGGAGCCCGCGGGUUGAGGGAGAUGAUGAGGAGGAGGAUGUGGAUGAUAUUGAACAUGAAUUUAACAUCGAGGAGCAGAAAAAGCAUAACCAUUCUGCUGAAGCCAUGCUGCAUGGGAAGAUGAGCUAUGGAAGAGGUCCUGAAGAUGAUGAGAAUGCUCAAUUCCCAGCUGUUAUUGCUGGUGGUCGCUCUCGACCUGUUAGUGGGGAGUUCCCAAUAGCAUCUCAUUAUGGGGAUCAGAUGUUAGCUUCUUCACUGCAAAAUCGAGUGCACCCAUAUCCCGCGUCUGAUCCUCGAAAUGGAAAAUGGGAUGAAGCCAAAGAGGAUAGAAUGGAUGACUGGAAGUUGCAACAAGGCAAUUUGGGGCCUGAACCUGAUGAAGAUCCAGAUGCAGCCAUGUUAGAUGAAGCAAGGCAACCAUUGUCAAGGAAGGUACCAAUAGCAUCCAGCAAAGUGAAUCCAUAUAGGAUGGUGAUCGUGGCACGGCUUGUUAUCCUUGCCUUCUUCCUUCGAUAUAGACUUAUGAAUCCUGUACAUGAUGCACUGGGACUGUGGCUAACUUCUAUUAUAUGUGAAAUCUGGUUUGCUUUUUCAUGGAUCCUUGAUCAGUUUCCCAAAUGGUAUCCCAUUGAUCGAGAAACAUACCUUGAUCGUCUUUCAAUCAGGUAUGAGCGUGAAGGUGAACCCAACAUGCUUGCUCCAGUGGAUGUCUUUGUUAGUACUGUGGAUCCCAUGAAGGAACCUCCUUUGGUUACAGCCAACACUGUUCUUUCAAUCUUGGCCAUGGAUUACCCAGUUGCUAAGAUAUCGUGUUACAUUUCUGAUGAUGGAGCUUCAAUGUGUACAUUUGAAGCCCUGUCAGAAACUGCGGAGUUUGCUAGGAAGUGGGUACCAUUCUGCAAGAAAUUUUCUAUAGAACCUAGAGCACCAGAGAUGUACUUCAGUGAGAAAAUUGAUUACCUCAAGGACAAGGUGCAGCCCACCUUUGUUAAGGAGCGUCGAGCUAUGAAGAGAGAAUAUGAAGAGUUUAAGGUUAGGAUCAAUGCACUUGUGGCAAAAGCUCAGAAGGUUCCUCAAGGAGGAUGGAUUAUGCAGGAUGGGACACCAUGGCCAGGAAACAAUACUAAGGAUCAUCCUGGUAUGAUUCAAGUCUUUCUUGGUCACAGUGGAGGUCAUGAUACUGAAGGAAAUGAGCUUCCUCGUCUUGUUUAUGUUUCCCGAGAGAAAAGGCCUGGAUUCCAACACCACAAGAAAGCUGGUGCUAUGAAUGCUUUGAUUCGGGUCUCCGCUGUGCUCACAAAUGCUCCUUUCAUGCUGAACUUGGAUUGUGAUCAUUAUGUUAAUAACAGCAAGGCUGCUCGAGAGGCCAUGUGCUUCUUAAUGGACCCCCAAACUGGGAAGAAGGUCUGCUAUGUCCAAUUUCCUCAAAGAUUUGAUGGCAUCGAUAGGCAUGAUCGUUAUGCCAAUAGAAACACGGUUUUCUUUGAUAUUAACAUGAAGGGUCUAGAUGGUAUUCAGGGUCCUGCAUAUGUUGGCACAGGGUGUGUAUUUAGGAGGCAAGCUUUAUAUGGCUACAAUCCUCCCAAGGGUCCCAAGCGUCCAAAAAUGGUAAGCUGUGACUGCUGCCCAUGUUUCGGAAAGCGCAAGAAGGUUAAGUAUGAAGGGAAUGAUGCAAAUGGAGAGGCAGCAAGCCUUAGAGGAGUGGAUGAUGACAAAGAGGUGCUGAUGUCCCAGAUGAAUUUUGAAAAGAAAUUUGGGCAGUCAUCAAUUUUUGUGACUUCAACCUUGAUGGAAGAGGGUGGCGUGCCUCCUUCAGCCAGUCCAGCAAGCCAACUUAAAGAAGCUAUUCAUGUAAUCAGCUGCGGAUAUGAAGAUAAAACUGAAUGGGGAAUUGAGCUAGGUUGGAUUUACGGGUCUAUUACAGAGGAUAUUCUAACAGGUUUUAAGAUGCAUUGCCGUGGUUGGAGGUCCAUUUAUUGCAUGCCAAAGAGAGCAGCAUUCAAGGGUACUGCUCCCAUUAACUUGUCAGAUAGGCUUAACCAGGUGCUUCGUUGGGCACUUGGCUCCAUUGAGAUCUUCUUCAGUCGUCAUUGCCCUUUAUGGUAUGGCUAUAAGGAAGGGAAGCUGAAGUGGCUUGAGCGAUUUGCCUACGCAAACACAACUGUCUACCCCUUCACCUCCAUACCUCUAGUCGCCUACUGUGUUCUUCCAGCUGUCUGUUUACUCACUGAUAAAUUCAUCAUGCCACCGAUAAGCACUUUUGCUGGUUUGUACUUCGUUGCUCUAUUCUCUUCAAUCAUUGCAACUGGUCUUCUUGAGUUGAAAUGGAGUGGAGUGAGCAUUGAGGAAUGGUGGAGAAAUGAGCAAUUUUGGGUCAUUGGUGGUGUGUCAGCACACCUCUUUGCAGUCAUACAAGGUCUUCUGAAGGUUUUGGCUGGAAUUGACACCAACUUCACUGUUACAUCCAAGGCAGCAGAUGAUGAAGAAUUUGGAGAAUUAUACACCUUCAAGUGGACUACUCUCUUGAUUCCUCCAACCACUAUCUUAAUAAUCAACAUUGUUGGGGUUGUUGCUGGAAUCUCAGAUGCCAUAAACAAUGGGUACCAAUCCUGGGGACCUCUAUUUGGAAAACUAUUCUUUUCAUUUUGGGUGAUUGUCCAUCUGUAUCCAUUCCUUAAAGGUUUGAUGGGUCGCCAAAACCGCACACCCACCAUAGUUGUUAUAUGGUCAGUACUAUUGGCUUCCAUUUUUUCCUUGCUUUGGGUAAGAAUUGACCCAUUUGUAUUAAAAACUAAGGGACCUGAUACCAAGCUAUGUGGAAUCAACUGCUGAAAGACUGGUUUUCCUAUAGUAUCCUUUUGUGAACAUCUUUUAAAGAUGUAUGUAAAUGUAGAUUCUUGAUUGUUCUGUAUGAUGCGUGAACUAAAAAGUUUAUAUGUACAAGGAUGAAAAAAGAGUGAAAAUUGGAAAGUGCAAAUGCAGUUUUCUCAUCUUUGUAAAUGUGCUGGAUGAUGUAUUGGUUAGCAAUUGUUUUGGCUCAAACUGCCCAAGGAUUGGAAAGGAAAUCAAAGUUAUAGGUUUACCUAUAAAUUGUUGCGAGUAA